UCUUUAUCAACGUCACGCCGUCCCGUUGUUGUUGUUUUCAUCCAUUCCGUUUGCACUUGGAUUUCUAUUUCCCAAAUAUCCAAAAUGGUUUUUGUGAAGAACUGGGAGGACUUUGAGAUCGCCGCCGAGAACAUGUACAUGGCGAAUCCUCAGAACUGCCGCUACACCAUGAAAUACGUGCACUCCAAAGGACACAUACUGCUCAAAAUGACGGACAACGUUAAGUGCGUUCAGUACAAAGCCGAGAACAUGCCGGACCUGAAGAAGAUCGAGAAGAUCACCAGUAACCUGGUGGGACACAUGGCUUCCAAGGAGUAAUCCCCAAAAAGCACCGAACAAAUUUGGCCACGGCGGCACUUCUGUCCACAGCCAACAACAACACAACAGCAAUGCGCAUAUGUAAAUGAGACACAAGAGUUGUUGUUUCUUUGUUGGAACAGGUGGGAGCAGCCUGUGUGCCAUCUUCACCCGCAAUUGAGUUAGUUUUUAAGGGCGCCGCUGUCCCAGUUCGAAUGUGGCGACCAGAGUAGUUGACUGUUUAAACGACAUUUCGCCAAUGUCGGCUCUGUGCACAUUCCGAACACUUGCCGGUGGUUAAACUAUAUACAGUAUGCACCAGUAGGGCGGCGGCGUGGAACAGUUCUUUGUAAAAGUUAACGAUACAAUUUUGUAUUUAUUGUAAUGUCAAUAGGGCCGAAAACAUUUCCAUGAAAUGCAAUUGAAAUAAACAAAGGAAAUUAUGCAGAA